UAUCUCUUUUACUAGAUACCAAAAGUAUGGAUUGAGAAUCCAUCCGAGGUACGAGUGGCGCAAUGGGCGAACGUCAGUACCGAAAAUGGAAUGGCACAAUUAAAAUUCACCCUAUCUUCGGAGCCAAGUCCGGGUACCUGGGAAAUUAAAGUGGAAAAGAGAAGAUCGCAACCGCAAUUGGUCCAUACAACUGUAUUCGAGGUGAAGAAGUACGUUCUGCCGAGGUUCCAAGUGACCAUAACUUCACCGGGAUACAUCCUCGCGGAUGCGGAGAACGUCACGUGGAACAUAUGUGCAAAAUACAGCUAUGGCAAACCGGUCAAGGGUAAAUUGCUCUUAAAAUCAACGCCUCAGAUACCAACAUGGAGGAGGAAGCCUAAUCUCCCGGAAAUACAUUACGAAACGGAGCUGGAUUCGCCGGACGGUUGCACCGAAUUUGUGCUGUCGGGCGCGGUGCUCGGGCUUGCUCAAUGGAAAGUGGCACCGAACAAUAUCGUCCUCAUAGCUAACUUUACUGAAACUGGCACCGGCAUAGUAGAAACAACGAUCAGUCGAACCGUGGUCGUGCAUCAAACCUUAAAACUGGAAUUUCUACCGUACACGCCAAAAUACUUCAAGCUGGGUUUGCCGUAUCACGGAAAGUUACGUGUCUCGCGACACGACGACACUCCGGCGCCGCAUGAGAAGAUUCAGCUUUGCGUGCGAGUACGCGGUAAGGACGAGUGGCUUCGCGUGGUAGUCGAAUGCCGCAACUUCACAUCCUCGUCCGACGGCUUCGUCGAUUUUGUCGUACCACCGCCCCACAAGAACAUCGUCCUGCUGAGUUUCGUCGCGACUGGAGUCGACUAUCCUACGAAAUAUUAUUCGCCGGACACGCGUUGGCGAGUUUUCAUGGAUCAACCAUCGGCGCAUAUUGAGGUGAAUCCUUGGUACUCACCAUCGGACAGCUAUCUGGCGGUAGCCCGGGGAUAUCAACCGAUCGUGUGCGGUGAAAAAUACUCGUUCAACGUUAUGUACACGGUGCCGGCGAAAAGCAAAAGCAACGAGUCCAUUUCCUUCCAUUACUCAAUCAAUUCCAAGGGAGAUUUAUUGAUAUACGGUCAUGUCAAACAUCGGCCGACUAGAGACACGGUUUUGAAUUACUCGGAAUUCCGAAAUCUCCUAGGUGCCGUCGAAACGCCAGGAAAUAAGACGGAUCAGGGCACCGUUGCUCACAGAUUUCCUCUUAGCGUCAAGAUCACCCCAUCUAUGGCACCAGUUUCCGAAUUGCUGCUCUACUACGUUCGUUUGGACGGUGAGAUCAUCGCUACCACGUAUUCCAUCAAAGUGGGACAUUGCUUCGAGAACAAAGUAAAGACCGCCUGGCAUACCGAUGCUCAAACCCCCGGAACAGCCACUCAGUAUCACGUGGAAGCCGCCCCUUGGUCCCUCUGCGGCAUCUCGGCGGUCGACAAGUCGACUCGUUUCUUAGCAGGAGCCAAAGCGAAUUUGAUUGACGCUGAUCAGAUCUUCGAGCGGUUGAAGAGAUUCAUGGAACCUCUCGAGCCGGAGCCACGUCCUAUCUGGACGUGGACUCAUUGCAAAGCUACGUCAUACGAAGAAACAAUGAACGUGGAAUUCGAUCAUCUGCCAAUGCCCGCGUUUGAGGAAUCACCCACGUGGGCACGUAAACGAAGAAGAAGAACGGCAAUAUACAACGGACUUGUGAAUUACGUAGACGCCAUACAAGCGUUCGAUGACUUUGGAGCUGUCGUGAUGAGUGAUCUGAUACUCGAAACGCGACCAUGUCUUCAACGUCUUCGCCUAAGAGGAAGAGCCAGGAGUAGGAGUAAGAGCCCGAUUCCUUUCCUGUCGGCCUCCUCGGAGCCUCUACCGGAUACGGUAGACGCUGGAAUGUUUAAAAUGGCGAAGACUUUGCCCAUGGCGUAUCCUUUAUUAAAUGUGGGUCCCGAGCAGGGUGGAUACGUGGAUCAAGUGCCGGACCAGCCUACUCUCAGAUCUUAUUUUCCCGAAACGUGGCUGUGGGAAUUGGUGCCGACAGGAAAAGAAGGUAAAGUGACGGUGGAACGUACUUUGCCUCACAGCAUUACCGAUUGGAUCGGAUAUACCGCGUGCGUUUCACCUACGCAUGGUCUUGGGAUAGCACCACCGACAACCAUCACAGGAUUCCAACCGUUCUUCCUCGAUUACAGCUUGCCAUACAGCGUGAAACGUGGAGAAAUGUUACGCAUGAAAGUUUCCUUGUUUAAUUAUAUGCAACACAGUUUACCGGUCAAAAUCAAGUUGGAAGAUGCAACGGGACUCGACUUGCAUCUGUCGCAUGCAGUCGCUUCGUUCUGCGUGAAACCACGAGACAGCGUGGUUCAUGAGUAUAUUCUCAGACCACGAGUCCUCGGCGACGUUAACAUUACGGUUUCCGCCUCGAUCGAUUCGGAAUACGCCGAACCGUGUGGCCCGGAAGUGCUUCUAUACACACGGGAUGUGAUUGUAAAGCCGAUACUGGUGUUGCCGGAGGGCUUCCCCGUAGAAAUGACGAAAUCCGCGUUUAUUUGUCCGAAGGACUUCAGCGACGAUUCCACAAUAACUUGGAAUCUCGAGCUACCCGAUGAUUUGGUACCCGAGAGCGCGAGAGCGUAUGUCUCUCUAAUAGGCGACAUUUUGGGACCAGCCCUCGAAAAUCUAGACAAUCUCGUGCGCUUGCCAAUGGGAUGCGGCGAACAAAACAUGAUCCUCUUUGUCCCCAACAUCCACGUGAUCGGCUACCUGGACGCGACCGGAGUCGAGAAUCCGGAGCUGAGAGCAAAAGCAGUCAGAAAUAUGGAGAAAGGAUACCAGCGAGAAUUGAUAUAUAGACAUCCGGACGGCUCGUACUCCGCAUUCGGUCCGGAAAGCUUGGAAGACGGUAGUUCGAUCUGGCUCACCGCAUUCGUGAUAAAAUCCUUCGCUCAAGCAAAGAGUAUAAUUCACAUCGAUGAACGAGAUUUGAAAAUUUCCGUAAAAUGGAUGGUGAAGAAGCAAUUGGAAAACGGAUGCUUCCCGGUGAUCGGCAGGGUAUUCCACAAAGAUAUGAAGGGUGGUUUGCAGGAUGACGACAGUUCUUCCUCGGCGUUAACGGCAUACAUCCUGAUCUCGCUCUUAGAAUCGGGCGUACCGUUAACUGCAUCACUCAUUAACAACGCUCUCCAUUGUCUGGAGAAAGGAAUGGAGGACGAUGGCGGUACGACGUACACGGCAGCUCUAUCCACUUAUGCGCUAACAUUAUUGGAGCAUCCAAAGGCGAACAACAGCAUGAAAUCGCUUAUGAAACGUGCCACGCGGAACAACGAUCUUCUCUGGUGGGAAGACAAGCAUAAACCGUCAUUAGGAUUGAGCAUUGAAAUGACAGCGUAUGCGGUGCUGUCGUUGGUGAAAUUAGGCGGCGAGACGAACAUGGUCGAGGCACUGAAGGCAGUCCGCUGGAUGUCGAAGCAACGCAACGCAGAGGGUGGUUUCACGUCCACUCAAGACACCGUGCUCGGUCUGGAGGCUCUCACGAAGUACGCCGCCGCGAUGUCGAGCAACACCACGGAUCUCUCGGUGCUCGUGACCGCCGGUGAAGUGGAUCAAGUUUACAGAAUGCACAAUGACAAUCGCAUGAUUCUCACGCAGAUUCGUCUGCCUGUGAUACCCACGAUAGUCGAAAUCUUCGCCGAGGGUGAAGGCUGCGUCCUAGUACAGAGCAAUAUAAAAUACAACGUUGCACAUGCAACCGGCUCCGAGGCUUUUGACCUCUCGGUUAAUGCAGCUUCCGCAACAUGGGUAGACGAAUGCUCGAUGCAAAAGAUCACAAUUUGCACGCGAUAUAAAAUGGCAGAUGGAGAAAGUAACAUGGCAUUACUGGAAAUUGGCAUGAUAAGCGGAUAUGUCCCGGAUCGCACGAGCCUCCAUUCAUUGUUGGAAGAUCCAGCCACGAAAGUAAAACGUUUUGAAGAGGAUCGCGGUAUUGUCACUAUUUACUUCGACAAAUUGAUUAAUCAAAAGACCUGUAUAUCGUUUACGGUGACCAGAGAAAAUAUAGUGGACAGACUCGAACCAGCGAAUGUAAAACUCUACGAUUACUAUCAACAGGAGUUGACAAUAUCUAGCAGCUACAGUUUUGCGCCGACUUGCAGCAGUGCCACUCCGAGCGAAGAAGCGGAGAUUCCGGUGCCGAUAGAAGUGCAACAAAUGGGCAAAGAUAUCGCGAAGAAGGACAUCGUGGAAAAGGAGGGAACAGUCGAAAUUGAAAAGGCAGCCGAAAUUCCGGAUGAUGGCAACGGAACUGUAGAGCAAAUAGUACCACAAAGAGAAGCUGGAAGCGGUCAAACACCGGACGAGCCAGACAUCAAUCUAAAUCCCGUGUUCGAUAGACUUGGACCUCCCAAUAUAGAUCUCGAGGAUAUGGAGGUACCGUUCUCGACUUUCAACAAGCCAAGUCAAGAUCCUUUCGCAACGGAUUUUGAAGGAAAUCCGCAUUUCGUCGUGGUUGAUCACGAGCUGGCGACUCCCGAAGGUAUCGAAGGGCCAGUGCCGGUUUCCGUGAAGCCUGAUAUCGCGUAUUUCGACGCUUAUCCGCUGAAUGUAACCAAUGAAACCGAUCAGAAAAUCGAAGCGGAUUUGAGCAACACACAAUUGCAAACAUUACCUUUCGGUUCGAACGAGUCCUGCCCUGUAUGCUCCGAUGAAUUACCGCCGAACAUCAAUGACCUUUAUUGCUCCGCCAGUAGUGUCGCGAAGGCGGCGAUCAGACGAUUGCGAAAGGCAAGAUUCCUAUUAGACAUGCAAUCGUCGCGCGAAAUCAAACGUCUGCAUUCGACGAUUGCAUUUGUGUUAAGACCCAAUUGUUCCUGUCCGCCUUUAGAUAACCCUGGAAGUCUAGCAUUGCUGAUGCACUUCGAGGACAGCGAGUUUGCUAAACGCUCGCAUAAUUGGUAUAUCUUAGAUGAACAGGUUUCUAUAUACGGACUACCAUCGAUCGGUGGUGUUCCACGUGAGAUAUUAGACGCUCGUGCAACGUGCGCGAAUCAAGAUAACAGCGCAUCUCUUAAUCUUCCUAUGGCUGACUGAUCUUCGGCAUUCCGCCAAGAAUAUACCGAAUGCGAAUAAUAGGACACGUCAUGUGUCAUAUUAUUUGAAAUAAUCGAGAAAUUUUCAGGCGCGUACAAAAAUUAAAUAUGCGAACUAUACUCGAACUAGGAUAAGAUUGACUCUGACUUGAACCACGAAAUCCGUCAUUAUACUUUGAUUCAUUAAUUGUAAUACGCUUUGCAUGUAACCUGGAGGUAAAUGUUACACAGGGUAUUUCAAUCAACAUAGGACACAUUCUGAAUUACACUCAUCUGUGAAUCUCUCUUCUCCUGCAUGUCACAUAUUUUGACAUCACGAACGCCAUAAGACGCGGAGUAUACGAUGGGAAAACAUAAUAUCUGAUAGUGUCAUACAGUGUCAUUUUUACAGCGAAGUUAUAUUACAUUUAUACCGUAACUCCCGUAAUUUUUGUGAAUAGCAAAUAAUUGACGAGUUAUUACAUAAACUGUGUAAAUAAUAAAACAGCGAUUUAUGACAUAAUAA